AUGCUUCACCGCAUCGCAUCGACUCAUCUUCUUACCUCCAUUGUUAACCAGGUCUGUUCCUCUUCCUUUUUCUUUCCCCUGAAAUAUCAUCAGUUCAUACUCUCUGCUUUUCUUAGCAAUUCUUCAUCAUCUAACAAAUCAAGCAACACCCACUUUAAUGCUCCUACAAUUACUGCCCCUUUGGUGGGAAAUUUGGUGUUCUCCAAAUAUUCCCAUUUCUGGGAACAUCGAAUUGAUAGAUAUACUAUUGCUAAUUCUUCACUAAAUCAACUAAUUUUGAACAUUUCUUAUGUAUGCCCUGAAAUUUGCCGCAAAUUUUUGAGGGUUUCAAGUUGGGAAGCAGAGAAUGUGCUUGAAGUUUUACUAGGGUUUCAAUUGGGCAGUGGGAAUUUGAGGAUUGACGUUGAAGUUGUUGAAUCUUUGUGGGAAAUUUUUAGGAGGGUUAGUGUUAGAAAUGGGGGGUUUAAGCAUUUACCUCGAUCUUAUGAGGUUAUGGCAUCUGUGCUUGUUAAUGUGGGGAUGUUUAGGGAGGUUGAAUCUUUGUUAUCGACUGCGGAAACCCGAGGAAUUUUACUUGCUAAUGAGGAAAUUUCCGGUGGUAUUGUUGAGGGAUAUAUUAAUCUAGGUGAAUUGGGUAAGGCAAUUUUGAUGUAUGAUACAAUGAGGGAGCUGUGUUUAGCUCCGUCAUUGUCGUGUUAUCGUUCUUUACUUGGCCUUUUGAUGAAGGAAGAUAAAAUUAACCAAGCGAUCCGUGUUUAUGAGGAUAUGGUUGAUGUGGGUUUUGAAAUUGGUGAUGUUGAUGCUAAGAAUUUGGGGAGUUUAAUUGGUUUUCUAUGUUGGGAGGGGGAGAUUAGGGAAGCUAGGAAGUUUCUUAAGAAAAUUGUGGGUAGUGGAUGGAAGCCUAGUACAGAGAUUUUGAGUGAGAUUGCAGAUGUGUACUACGAGAAAAAAGAUUUCGAAGAUCUCUUGAGUUUCUUCAUUGAGAUGAAAUGUGCCCCUGAUGUAUUGGUUGGUAAUAGGAUUAUAUCUUCAUUGUGCAGUAAUUUUGGUAUAGGAAGAGCAGAUAAAUUUAUGAUGGAGUUGGAGAAUUUAGGUUUUGUUCCCAAUGAGAUAACCUUUGGAAUCUAUAUCUGUUGGAGUUGCCUUGAUGGAAGAAUAAGAGAUGCCUUUUGUUACCUCUCGGAGAUUUUGUCAAGAGGCCUGAAACCUGAUAGGCACUCCUAUAAUGCACUUAUCUCUACUAUGUUCAAGGAAGGUAUACAAGAUCAUGCUCGAGAAAUUCUCAAUGAAAUGAUUGAUACUGGGAUAAAACCCAACCUUGCAACUUAUAGAGUGCUUUUAGCUGGGUAUUCUAUGUCCAGGCAGUUCAAUGAGGUUCAACUUAUGAUGAGAGAGAUGGUGAAUCAUGGUUUGAUUGUUCUUUCCCCUACAGAUAAUCCAUUAUCCAAAGCAUUCGCUAUUUUGGGGCUAGAUCCAUUGACCGUAAAGGUGAAGAGGGACAAUGAUGUUAAGAAUUUCAGAACAGAAUUUGUUGAUGCUUUGGGGAAUGGUCUUUAUCUAGACACGGAUGUGGAUAAUUUUGAGAAGACUUUAACCGGUGUUCUUCAAGAAUCCUUGAUUCCGGAUUUUAACUUGCUCGUGAUGAGGGAGUGUGAUGUUAAAAAUGUUAAAAAGGCAUUGUCGAUGGUGGAUGAGAUGCUUCAGUGGGGACAAGAAUUAUCGCUUCCUGUUCUCUCUGCGUUGGUAAGAUUGGUAUGUCGAUCAACCUGCCAUGUCAAGGCCAUUCCAGAUUUCCUAGAUAAAGUGUUUCAGCUCUUUAGAAAGCUAGAUCAUGAGACCCUCAAUUUUGUAGUCGAGGCUUUAGGGAAAAAUAGGUUUGUAGAUCAGUGCAGGUUAUUCCUUCAUGAAAUGUACAGAAGGCAUCUUCCAAUCUUCAGUGCAACAUAUACUGCAUCACUUGUGUCUUUAUGCCAGUUUGGGAGAAAGAGUGACCUUAUUUACUGCUGGAGUCUUGCAGGGAAAGACAACUGGUCACCUGAAUGGGAUGAUUUUAUCAUUAUUUUGGAAAAUUUAUGCCGCAGAAGAAUGCUUAAAGAAGCACUUGAGCUUUUUGACAUGAUGCUGAAAGUGAACCCUGGCUUGGGAACUCAAAUUUGUGAUGUGUUUCUUGAAAAACUUUCUUUAAAUGGUUUCACCGGUGUAGGGGAUAUCUUGGUUUAUGAACUUAAACGGAAGAAUUUUGAGUUGGAUUGCUCUGCUUAUAGCCAUCUUAUUAAAGGAUACUGUCUGGAGAAAAGAUUUUCAGAAGCACUAAUUAUAUUUGAUAAAAUUCGAUCAGAUAGUUCAGCUUUGUCGAUGGAUGCUCUUCUAUUGUUAAUACCUCAGCUUUGCAAGGUUAACAGACUCAAAGAAGCAGUUGCUUUAAAAGAUGCUGGUUCCAAGGACCAUCCGUACACCUUGUUCUCCCUUCACAGUGCUCUUAUUAUUGGUUGCUGCAGGGCGGGAAAGGUUGCAGAGGCAGAUGGUUUAUUGUUAGGAAUGCUUUUGCAAAAUAUGCAUCCAAAGGAUGAGAUUUUUAAUGCUCUACUUCAUGCUCAUUGCCAUAAUAGUAGUCUGAAGACAACUGAAAAGCUAAUUUGCAUCAUGAUGAAGAGGGGUAUCUGUCUCUCAGUUUCCAGCUACCGGGAUCUGAUAUACCUGUUAUGCAAAAAGGGAAUGUUUUACUCUGCUCAGGGGCUGAAGAGUCUCGUGGUUGUUAGAAAUAAUAUUCCAUUUUCCGUUGUAUAUAACAUUUUAAUUUUCCGUCUCUUCCAAACAGGGAAACAUUACCUUGUUGAUGUACUUGUGGAUGAACUAGAAGAAAGUGGGCAGCAACUUGAUGAAGUUGGUUACAAUUUUCUGAUACAUGGGUUUUCAGCUUGCAAAGACAUGAAAAGGUCGAUGAAAUUCUUUAACGACAUGAUUAAUAAGGGCCUUAGACCAAGCAACCGUAGUCUGAGAGCAGUAAUACACUACUUAUGUAGAAAUGGGCAGGUUCAGAAUGCUUUAGAAUUGAAUAACCAGAUUGAGUCAAGAAGGUGGAUUCUUUGUCCAAGUGUGCAUUAUGCAAUUAUGGAGGGACUUUUCUUGGAUGGUAGAAUACAACAAGCAGAAAGAUUUGUAUCUCAAAUCAUGGAGAAAGGUUCAACUCCUGAAACCAUCUACUACAACAAUUUAAUACGGAACUUCUGCCGAUAUGGGAGACUGGAAACAGCAGUAAAUCUCCUGGAUCAAAUUCUGAAGAACAAAAGCAUACCUGAUGCGUCCUCUUACGACUGCAUUAUCCAAAGUUUCUGUGGGUACAACAACGUGGAACGCAGUAUGGAUUUCUUUAAUGAGAUGUUUCAUAGGAAUCUUAAACCAAGCAUUGGGACAUGGGACAUGAUGAUUCAGACGUUUUGCAAGAACGGAAAAACCAAUGAUGCAGAAAGCCUUCUGAUGUCGAUGAUCGAAGUUGGUGAAACUCCUACAAAGGGGAUGUACUCUUUAGUGAUUGAUAGAUAUCAGUUGGAGAACAACUUGUCCAAGGCAUCAGAAUUGCUGUACAGAAUGCAGCAACAAGGUUAUGAACCUGAUUUUGUAACUCAGUGGUCCCUUAUUAGCAGCUUAAGCAACUCCUAUGAUGAGAUAAGUAACAAUGGCAAUCAAGGUUUUCUCUCAAAGCUGCUUGUGAAAAGUGGAUUUCCUUCAGAAAGUCCCAAGUCCAAAAUGAAGUAG